AUGGCCCCCCACCACAGGGCCACCCUACUUCUCUGGACUAUAGCCUGUUUCUUCGUUGCCACCUUCGCCCAGCCGGAGUCGUCAGUCACGCCCUUCGAAAACCUCCCGGCAAGGCUCUUCUUCUUUGAUGACAGUACUAACGCCAUCUACCACGACGUUGUGAAGGGAGUUGUCUAUGUCUCUCCAGACGAAGGCAAAUCAUGGAAGCCUGCGGAGGGCGUUCCGGAUGGGAAGGCGGCCAUGGUCAUCGAGCACCCGUAUGACAACAGAGUGGCUUUCAUAUUGUCUCGGGGCAAAACGCACUAUAAGACGGCGAACCGCGGCCAGACAUGGCAGUCCUUCGACAUGCCUCUCCCCCCUGCUAUGGUCGGGCGACCGCUCUCGUUCCACGCAGACAAACAGAGACUGGAGUACAUCAUCUACCAAGGGACGGCGUGCACUGGGUCUGGCUGGCACACAUCUUGCUACGACGAGGCUUAUUACACCACGGACGGCUUUGUCGGAGACUCCAAGCUAUUGCUUGCGGACGUCUCUCGAUGCCAAUUCGCACACAGCAGUGAGGACUUCAAGCACGAGGCUCACCUCGACCUAGUAUAUUGCGUUGCAUUCGAGGGGUCGGGACCCACUGGAGGUGUGCACACCCUAUCUUCCAGCCGUCUUUUCUCCUCCACGGACUUCUUCGAAACGGAGAAGAAGACGGAGGACCUUGGCAUAGGGAAGAACGCGCGGGGCGUCGUUGCAUUCGCAAUCGUGUCCAAGUUCGCAGUCGUGGCGCUGAAGGAUCUUUCCGAAGGCUCAACGGGCGACAUGCUGCUGUACGUAACCGAGGACACCAAGAACUGGGCGCAGGGACGCUUCCCGCAUUCGUCGUCGGCGCGGCUGCGCGAGAACGCGUAUACCAUCGUGGAGUCCACGACACACUCUCUCGCAGUUGACGUGCUUUCCCACGACCAGAGCUCUAUUGGGACGCUCUUCGUGAGCAACUCCAACGGAACGUUCUUCGUCGAGAGUCUGCAGGACACGAACCGCAAUGACAUGGGUUACGUGGACUUCGAGAACAUCUAUGGCAUUGAAGGUGUGGGCCUCGCGAACAUCGUGGCAAACGCGAAAGACGUCGAGGGAAGGCGUGCACCUAAGCAACUACAAACUCGGAUCACGUUUGACGACGGCCGGACAUGGUCCCGACUUAAGCCCCCGACGAAGGACCUCGACGGUAAUAGGAUCACCUGUAGCCCAGACAACGUGGACUGCUCCUUGCACCUGCAUUCAGUCACGCUUCCGCACAACUUUGGGCGAGUCUUCUCUUCGCCCGCCCCCGGCUUCGUGAUGGGCGUUGGCUCGAUAGGCAAUCACCUCCUGCCGUACGAAGAAUGUGACACAUUCUUGAGCAGUGACGGAGGCAUCAAUUGGCAGAUGGUGCGACAGGAUGCCCAAAAGUACGAGUUCGGCGACCAGGGCAGCAUCCUCGUCACUGUCAACGACGAGGAAGGAGUGGAUUCUGUCAACUAUUCUACCGACUUCGGGAAAACAUGGAAAACACACAACUUCAAGACCCGUCUCCGUGCUCGUAUCCUGACGACCGUCGGAGACUCGACCUCCCAGAAAUUCCUGCUCGUUGGUCAGGUCGCGAAGAAAGAUCAGAAGGACAACGGCGGUCGCUUCGCGGUGGUCUUCCUGGAUUUCGCAACCUUGGAUAGGCGCAAGUGCGAUGACAGGGACUUUGAGCAGUGGACUGCGCGAUCGUCCACGCACGAGUGCCUCAUGGGCCACAAGCAAACGUACAGACGCCGACGACCGGACGCUGACUGCUUCGUGGGAGAGAAGUUCCGCGAUCCUGUUCCAGAGGAGUCGUCUUGCCCUUGUACCAAAGAGGACUACGAGUGCGACUACAAUUUCGUCCAACACAAUGAUGAAUGUAUUCCCGUCGGGCCCGAGCCCAUUCCGGCUGGGGUAUGCGUGGAGCCUACAGACACAUAUCAGGGCUCGUCAGGUUUCCGCAAGAUUCCCGGCAACACCUGCGAUAGAGAUCGUGGACUCAAAUUGGAUGACCGCGUAACGAAAUCUUGCUCAAAUGCUAAACCAGCCGACGGUCAAAUCAUACAUCAAACUUCCGAUUUCCCAAGUCCUGUGGUGCAAUUCGCAUACUUCCGGUCAUCCACGGUCAUCUUGGUUAGGCUCCAAGACAACUCAAUCUGGCAGUCACCGAACGAAGGCUAUACCUGGAACCAACUCCAUCCUGGCGAGGCGUUUGUGGCGUUCUACCACCACAAAUUCACCGAUGACCGCGCCUACCUCAUCACCAGCUCCCGCAAACACUACUACACCACGGACUUUGGAAAGACAUGGUUCCCGUUUACGUCCCCGACAGUGCCUAACCGAUUCGGUCUACCCGUCCUCCACUUCCAUCCGGGCAAUUCUGAGUACCUCAUCUGGACGGGUGAGGACGGCUGCGAGGGUUUCGCGGAGAACUGCCACAUGGAGGCGCGGUAUUCGCUCAAGAAUGGGCGGGAGUGGUCGCUAAUCGACACCUACGUCCGGAACUGCGCGUGGGCACGCGACUCCGAGCUCCUUGUCGACCCCAACCAGAUACUUUGCGAGUCAUACAAGGAGAAGCAGGGAAACCAGCACCUCUUCCGGCUGGAGAACCCCCUGCAGCUCAUCGCUGGCACCCAGUUCUACGACUCGCAGACCAAGCUCUUCGACCACGUCGUUGGGUUCGCGAAGUUCUCCGAGUAUUUGAUUGUCGCCGAAUACCAAUCAGCAAGGCAGUCGUUGGACAUCCAGGUAUCUCUCGACGGGCGAACCUUCGCAUCGGGCGAGUUCCCUCCCACUAUGAGGCCUGACCAACACGCGUACACGAUCCUGGAAUCUAGCACGAAGUCCGUCUUCCUCCAUGUGACGACGUCUGAGCCUCCAGCGCCGUACUGGGGCAAUAUUUUGAAGUCGAACUCUAACGGCACCUACUUCGGUUUGUCCCUGGACAAUGUUAACCGUAACGAGGAUGGCUUCGUCGAUUUUGAAAAGAUGAUCAACCUCGACGGCAUUGCGCUUGUCAAUGUUGUCUCAAAUCCAAGAGAAGCGCCUUUGACCGGCCGCAAGCUGCUGCAGAGCAAAAUUACGCACAACGAUGGUGGCAGCUGGCGUCUUAUCCCGCCGCCCUCGGUCGAUUCUCACGGUAGCCAGUAUCCUUGCAGCACCACCAAAUGUUCCCUGCACAUUCACGGAUACACUGAGCGCUACGACGUUCGGGCUACCUUCAGUACGCCCUCAGUCCCUGGACUUCUCAUGGCCGUUGGCAACGUCGGAGAAUCCUUGGAGCGCUAUGAGGAUAGUGACACAUUCCUCAGUCGCGACGCUGGCUUCACUUGGGAGGAGGUUCACAAGGAUGCGCAUCUCUGGGAGUUCGGCGACUCGGGCUCCAUCCUCGUCAUGGCGAACGACGAAGGCCCAACCGACCACGUCAUGUACAGCACGGACGAGGGCUCGAGCUGGCACGAUUACAAGUUCUCGGACGAACCGGUCCGCGUGAAGGCAAUCGUGACCGUGCCAGAGGACACUAGCAGGCGCUUCAUCCUGAUGGGCUACUACCCGCGAGCAAAGAACACUGCAGUUGCGAUACACCUUGACUUCUCUGCCUUGACUCAGCAGAAAUGCCGCCUUGACCCGGAAAACCCGAGCCAAGAUGACUUCGAGUUAUGGAGUCCUAGCGAGGAACGGGAGGAGCAGUGCUUGUUCGGCAGACAGACACUCUAUCACCGUCGCAAGCGCAAUGUGAACUGUGUCGUUGGUGACCAGCAGAAAGUAACAGAGAAGAUCGUGAAAAACUGCCAGUGUAGCGCGAUCGACUUCGAAUGUGAAUUCAACCACGUACGCACCGACGCCGGAGAAUGUGUCCCUAUCCCUGGACAGAAACCCCGAGACCCGGACGCGAACGGCCAGUGCCGCAACGGCGCGGACUACUGGUACGACCUCACGCCGUAUCGCAAGGUCCCGAUAUCGUCGUGCGAGGGCGGGAAGCGUCUCGAUCGCGGCCCGUCGCACCCCUGUCCUGGCGUUCGGGGCCACGGGGCAUUCUUCUGGUUCAUGAUGAUCUUGAUUCCCGUCUCGUUCGCCGGGCUCGUUGGUUUCUGGUACUACCGCAAAGGAGGGUACCACAGAGGAGCAAUUCGCCUCCCGGGUGGAGAGACCGGGCCUCGGUACUCAGGCGACUCGAGCGUUUUGGAUACGAUCGCGAGCGUGCCAUGGUUCCUCCUGGGCGUUGCGGGAAUCGCGUACGAGUGGGUCGCCGAGAAGGUCGGGUCUACCGUCGUGCAAUUACGCGGGCGCGGCGGAUACCGACAUCUGCCCGUCGACGAAGACGCGCAGAUUCUGCGGUUCGAGGACGAAGAGUGA